UAUUUAUAAAUUACUUACUCACCAAUAAUUUACGUAUUUUUCGAAUACAUGUUUAUUACCAAAUGGUGCAAUUUUUGCUGGUCAAUGCAUAUACCAAGGACUUAAGGCAUUUACUUUGUGUGUUUCAGCAAGCAAUUAGGCUUUAAUGAAGAAAUUCUGUCACUACAUUCUGUAAUUUCUGUGGCUGUUUUGAUUUAUUAGUUGCAUUUCCUAGGCUACUUUCUUGGGACCUUGUUCUUCAACAAUGUCAGACAAGAACAUGGUUCCCUCAAGGUUUAUAUUUUGUGUGAUGGUCAUGGCUAUGUUCCUUUUGGUCCUGUCUUCGUUUUCCCUCCUCCACUUGAGCAAUCGCUCAUUCAUUCCUAGAUCAAUGUUGGAGCUUAUUGUUGUCAACAACACAUCACUUCACUUCAAACCCAAUUUCAAGAGGCAACAAAUAACACCCUCUCCCCUCCCUUCUGAAGAUGCAAAAGUUCAACCACAAAGCUAUCAACUUUAUCAUAAUUCAAGCCAGAAACCAAGUUCUCCAAGGCAGCAGAGAAAGUCGGCAUGUGACUCAACACGUGCUCUCUUAAGGGUGUUCAUGUAUGACUUACCUCCAGAGUUUCACUUUGGGUUGUUGGGUUGGAAGGGGAGUGUGAAUCAAACAUGGCCUAGUGUGAGUAACCCCAAACAAGUCCCACCAUAUCCAGGUGGGCUUAAUUUACAGCAUAGUGUGGAAUACUGGCUCGUCCUUGAUCUUCUGUCUUCAGACAUUUCAAAAAUUAUCAGGCCUUGCAGUGCAAUUAGAGUGCAGAAUUCUAGUGAAGCAGAUGUGAUUUUUGUGCCAUUUUUCUCCUCUCUGAGUUACAACCGGCAUUCCAGAAUCCAUGGGAAGGAAAAAGUUAGUGUUAACAAAAUGUUGCAAGAGAGAUUGGUGCAGUUCCUAAUGGAGAGGGAGGAAUGGAAACGUUCAAGAGGGAAGGAUCAUGUGAUUGUGGCCCACCAUCCUAACAGCAUGCUGUAUGCAAGAAGAAACUUGGCUUCUGCCAUGCUUGUGCUUGCAGAUUUUGGAAGAUACCCUUCAGAAUUGGCAAAUAUUAAGAAAGAUAUAAUAGCUCCAUAUAGGCAUUUACUAAGCACUAUACCAAGAGCUGAGUCAGCUUCAUUUGAGGAACGUUCUACACUUCUGUAUUUCCAGGGGGCAAUAUAUAGGAAAUCUGGAGGAGUUAUUCGCCAACAACUAUAUUACCUCCUCAAAGAUGAGAAAGAUGUGCAUUUUGCAUUUGGAAGCUUCAGAAGAAAUGGGAUCAGUCAGGCAAGUCAGGGCAUGGCCUUGUCCAAAUUUUGCCCAAACAUUGCUGGAGAUACUCCAUCCUCUAAUCGCCUCUUUGAUGCCAUUGCGAGCCACUGUGUUCCUGUGAUCAUUAGUGACAAAAUUGAGCUACCCUUUCAAGAUGUUUUGGACUACUCAGAAUUUGCCUUAUUUGUCCAGGCAUCAGAUGCUGUGAGAAAAGGCUACCUGCUGAAUCUCCUUCGUUCAAUUAAGCCAGAGGAAUGGACCAAGAUGUGGGAAAGGUUAAAGGAUAUUACACAACACUUUGAGUAUCAAUAUCCAAGCCAGCCUGGGGAUGCAGUGAAUAUGAUUUGGGAGGAAGUUGCACAUAAGAAAUCUUCACUACAGUUCAAUUUGCAUAGUAAAAAUAGAUACCAGAGAUCUUAGCUUCUUGCUCAUGACCUACUAAAGUACUGUUUGGAAGUAUUUUUCCAACAUUGUAGAUGUUUCAGGUGGUCAAGAAGGCUCUGGCAGCGGCACAACCAGAUAAUGACUGUGGUCAUAUUCAUGUUCAACUUAUCAAUGGGAGAGUCACUGACCUGAUUUUACUUAUUUGCUACUAGCACGCUUAGCUCCCUCCUCUCCCUUGUUACAAUUUUUUGCCGAAUCAUUUUUUAUCUUCUUAGUGAAAAGAUGAGUUGUCUUCUUAU